GUUUUCGCAUCUUCGCGUGCCGACCACAGCUGCGAUGGGGGCGAUGAUCAGUCAACUGGUAUUCCAGCCGCCACGGCCGACAUACACCAGUUGCCGCCAGUACACGAUGCUAGCCACGUCCCUGCAUAACCGCAUCGCCACCUUCUACAUCAAGCAAGAAGGCGCCAAGUACACGUUAUUGUUCUCUCAUGGCAAUGCAGAGGACCUGGGCAUGGUGUACGAUUGGUUCCGCGAAGUCAGUCGCCGCAUCAACGUGAACGUCAUGGCGUACGACUACACUGGUUACGGUAUCAGCCUUGGGAUCCCGAGCGAAGAGGCCGUGUAUUCUGACAUCGAAGCUGCGUUUGCGUACCUUGUGAAUGUCAAAAAGACACGACCAGAGCAUAUCCUCCUAUAUGGUCGAUCCCUGGGUACAGGUCCCUCUUGCUACCUUGCUGCGAAACAGUCGAGGUUGCAGGCGCCCGUGGGCGGCGUCGUCUUGCAGAGUCCGCUGCUGUCCAUCUAUCGCGUGGCGUUCCAGUUCCGGUUUUCGCUGUUGGGCGACAUGUUUUGCAAUAUCGACCACGUCGGCCAUAUUGAAUCGCCCGUCACCAUCAUCCACGGCACAAGGGACGAAGUGAUUCCAUUUUGGCACGGCGAAGAGUUGUUCGUUGCGUGUCAAGCGGCGUGGCGAUCGCUGCCGCUGUGGGUGCAAGAUGCCGGGCACAACAACAUCGAAGCGUUCCUGGGGACACAAGGCGACGCGUUCUUCGUUCAUCUUCGAGACUUCAUCGCACUGUGUCAUGCCACCAACGAAGUCCGCGCCGCCGACGCCAAACUUGGCGGCGACCCCGCGCCACCCACCGCCACACAGACGACCAACGUGUUUACUAGUAUGGUUUAGCAUGACCCGACCCAAGUUAUAAUAUUGAUAUAAUUGUCGAUUUGAUACAAAUUUGG